UUUAGGUUUAAAAUUUAAGAUUUCAGGUUUAGAAUUUAAAAUUCAGGGUUUAGGGUUUAGCUGCUGGCGUUAGUGUCGUUAAAAUUUGCGUUAUUCUUUUUUUUAGCUAUUUUAAAAUAAUUUUUAUAUUUUUUAUUUAAUUGACACUUUGAUUGAUCACAGAACGAGAGGUGAAUUUAAAGAUGAACCUAAGUUUUGUUCAUAUUUUCUACAUUUGACUAUUAUUGAUUUUUGUAGCCAUAAAAGUAUAUAUGUAUGAUGAAGACCAUGUUUCUGAAUGCAUAAACUAGUUCCAAGUUGAACAAGUAGGAGUAAAUUCCAAUGAAAGUUAAUGCACAUCUAGUACAAGACAUAACUAGUGUUCUUAAGAUUUUGUUUGACCCGUUAAUACCGGUUGUGAAUGCAUCACAUGCAGCAUUGCGUAGUCUCCUUUAUGUCAUUUAUGUUCAGAUAUUGUGUCAGAUGAAGAAUCUUUAUUGUUAAUUUAUCCAAUACUAUACUAGCAUUAAAGAAGUCCAGUUUGUAAAGGGAAUAAACGGCGAAUGCUUUUGCUGCUAAUAUUCCCUUUGGAUAUAAACAAACAAUACUUUAACACUUGCAUCACUAAAACACAAGCUCACAUCCUUCUUUGUUCUGUCAAAACAGAUCCAAACUUCUUUAGUUCGUCAUCAGCAAUGACCUAUGGAUUGCUUCAGAAGAUCCUGGUGUUCACUUGUUUUCAUCUGAUUUAUCUAUCAAGUCAACAAGAGUUGAACUUUGUCUAUGACAGUUUUGGAGGGCAAGAAAAUCUUUUUCUUGAUGGAUCUGCAACAGUUCUUCCCAAUGGAUUACUUCAGCUUACAAACGCUUCAGACCAUCAAAUGGCUCAUGUUUUCUACAAGAAACCAAUCGGUCUCAGUUCCUCUAAACCACUCUCCUUCUCAACACACUUCAUUUGUGCUCUUGUGCCUCGGCCAGGCUUUGAAGGUGGACAUGGCAUGGCCUUUGUAGUAUCUACCUCUAUGGAUUUCUCACACGCAGAGUCAGAUAGAUACUUGGGGGUUUUCAACGUGUCGAAAAAUGGAUCCCCCUCUUCUGAUGUGCUUGCUGUUGAGCUUGACACUAUUCGGAAUCCAGAUUUUGAAGACAUUGAUAGCAAUCAUGUGGGGAUUGAUGUCCACAGUCCUCUGUCUGUAGGAACAGCUUCAGCUUCUUACUAUUCAGACAUUAAGGGUAAUAACCAAAGCAUAAACCUCCUGAGUGGAAAACCAUUACAGGUAUGGGUGGAAUAUGAAGACACUAUGCUCAAUGUCUCAAUAGCUCCUCUUGAAGUCCAGAAGCCAAGUCAGCCUCUCUUGUCCCAACCCAUCAAUCUUACAGAAGUUUUUCCAAAUAGUUCAAGACUUUUUGUUGGGUUCUCUGCAGCAACAGGCACAGCUACUAGUUAUCAGUAUAUUCUUUCAUGGAGUUUUUGCACAAACAGAAGAUCUUUACAGAAACUUAACAUCUCAAGACUCCCUGAAGUUCCUCAACCAAGAUCUGAACAUAAGAAUUAUUCUCAACUAAUCACUAUCCUGCUUGGUUUUAUAGCUACCAUGGGCUUGGGUGUUCUUAUAGGAGUGUAUCUUUUCAAGAAGUGUAAGUAUGCAGAAGUAACUGAAGAAUGGGAAAAGGAGUUUGGUGCACACAGAUUCUCUUACGAGUCCUUAUACAAUGCAACAAAAGGGUUCAACAAGGAUGGGUUUCUCGGAAAAGGAGGCUUUGGAGAAGUGUACAGAGGAACUCUUCUUCUAAGCAGAGAGAUAGCUGUCAAGAGAAUGUUCCAUAAUGAUGAUCAAGGUGUGAAGCAGUUUGUGUCUGAAGUGGUGAGCAUGAGAUGUCUGAAACACAGGAACCUUGUUCCAUUUCUUGGGUAUUGCAGGAGAAAGCAUGAGCUUCUUCUGGUCUCUGAGUACAUGCCCAACGGUAGUCUUGACGAGCAUUUGUUUGACGACGAGAAACCAGUACUUUCUUGGCCUCAGAGACUUGUGAUCCUUAAGGGUAUAGCCUCAGCUCUUUGUUAUUUGCAUACAGGUGCUGACCAAGUUGUUCUGCACCGAGAUAUCAAAGCUUCUAACAUUAUGUUGGACGCUGAGUUCAACGGAAGGCUAGGGGAUUUUGGAAUGGCUAGGUUUCAUGACCAUGGAGAGUAUGCAUGCCCAACAGGAGCCGUUGGAACUAUAGGUUACAUGGCGCCGGAGAUAAUUGAUAUGGUGGCUUCCACUGGAACUGAUGUGUACGCCUUUGGUGUUUUCAUGCUUGAAGUUACAUGUGGGAGGAGGCCUGUGGAGCCACAGUUACAAUGUGAGAAGCGAGUUCUGGUGAAAUGGGUUUGUGAGUGCUGGAAAAGGGAAUAUUUGCUUGAUGCUGUUGACCCGAGACUGGGAGAUGACUUCUUACCUGAGGAAGUGGAGAUGGUUAUGAAACUUGGUUUGUUAUGUUCAAAUAUCAUGCCGGAAUCAAGGCCUACGAUGGAGCACGUGGUUCUAUACUUAAACAACAGUCUGCCUUUGCCAGAUGUCUCACCAUAUACUGUGGGGUUUAGCAGUCAUUCUUCGGUUUUGAUUGAUGCAGCAUCUCUUGUAGCUUCAAGGAGCUGGUCAGCUUCCUCAGCCUCUUCUUCCUAGGCCAAUAACUAACGGAUUAGCCAUGGUGACACAUAGUGGAGUCUAAGAACUCUCUCUUCAUAUAGUUGUGGGAUAGAAAAACCUCAGAUCCUCUCUCUGGCUUCAACAGCCUCAGUAAUUAGAAGUAAAGACCCAAUGUAUAUAGCAGAAAGCAGAUUUUAUUUGCUUUCAAGAUUGUUUUAUCUCUCUCACUUAGUCCAGGAUCAAUUGCAUUUUUCAGAAAGUAACUUGUAGUCUUAUAAACACCUGAUGGUAUAACCAUUCAUAUUUUGAAUCUUCUUGUUCUCCCUUGAAAUUUAUAAGUGUCUAAUAACCAAAUACACAAGAACGUGCCAGAUGAUAAGUCUUACUUAAAGUCUUCUACCGUUUUCUUUGAUUUAUGCAUUGAUUUAUACGAUAUAAACAAGAAUUUGCAAGAUCAUAAAAUGUUCUAUUAGUCAUUUUGCAGAGAAUAUUGCCUCUGCUAUCAGUUACCUGCAUACAGGAGCUAACCAAGUUGUGUUACGCGGAGAUAUAAAAGCUUUCUAAUGUAAUGUUAGAUUAUGAUUUCACUGAAAGGUUAGGAUAUUUUGGAAUUUCCAGGUUUGAAGAUUAUGGAGAUAGCUUACCAGAAACGGCUGCUAUAGGAACAAAACA